AUGACCAGAGAACAUAAGAAUGCCUUACGUAUCUUAAUGAAAUCCCCUGUUACCGAUGAUAUGAUUAAAUUUUUGACUCACACAACAUUAAAUGUCUUACCAAAUAUCAAUAAUGAGUUACCAUCACCUCCUGUGUCGCCAGGAAACUCCAAGGAAUCGAAACUACCUUCAUUAAAAACUUUCAUAACAAAAUUGGUCAGAUACACAAAUGUAUACACAUCUACAUUAUUAACAACAGCUUGCUACUUAAAGAAACUACAAAGAAUUUUACCAAAGGACGCUAACGGAUUGCCAUCUACAAUUCAUCGUAUCUUCCUAGCGUGCUUAAUUUUAAGUGCUAAAUUUCAUAACGAUUCUUCUCCAUUAAACAAGCAUUGGGCCGAAUAUACAGACGGUUUAUUCUCUUUAGAAGAUGUGAACCUAAUGGAAGUUCAAUUAUUAGCUUUAUUGAAUUGGGACAUUAGAAUCAAAGAAGAAGAUCUAUUCAUUGAUCUUAGAUAUCUGUUGGAACCAAUUAUUAGAGACUUAGAAAUGUCAGCACAAAGAAAGAGACAUUACAAACAACAACAACAGCAGCAGCUGUUGAAGGCCGGUCCUUUAACUAAAGAUCAUACCAACAGUAAAGUUUACAAUCAAAGGAAUAUAUCAAUUGAUUCUAAUCUAAGUUCGUUGACAUUGACUGAAAGCAAUAGCACAGUAAGCUUACAUAGCUCUCGCUCAAUGAGUACCUUGAAUAGUCGUUCUUCCAGUCCGUUAUAUGCUAAACCACCAAAAAGCUAUGUGCCAAAUAUAAAUCAAAAAGUCAGAAGAACUGAAGCCAGUGAAUCAGAUUGGGAUUUAGAAGAUAUAAUGGCGCAAUACGGAUUUUAA